AUGUCUUUCCCCACCAAACCAGCUUUCGUAUACGCAGGGAACUGGGGUGAUGAAACCCGCAAACACCCCGCCAUGAAAUGGAUGGAAGAUUACACCCGUUUCGUCGACGACCGCAACUUUGACAAGCCGUUCUCCGAGUGGCACACUGAGGACUCCUCAUUCCAUAAGGCAGAUGGUACCGUCGUGUCAGGAGGCGCUGAGGCAUGGAAAGAAGCUGAGAAGACAUUCAGCAUCUUCACAUCGUUCCUCCACAGACCCUACUUUGUCAUGUGUACCGAGACUGAGAAUGGGUGGGAAGCGAUGGCUCAGGCACAUUUCUAUGCGAACAUGGUGGGCCAGCCCGCCGCAGGGGAGAAAAAGGUUACCGACCCUGAGGGUAACGCUUGGGAUAUUGUGGUGCCGGCGGGCUUCCAUUUCGAAUACGUCCGUGACGGCGGCGCAAUACACGACGGCCUCCUGUUGAAGAGAAACGAAACCAUGCUUGAUACGUGGCCCAUUAUGCAAGUCUUGAUCAAGCGAGGAGAGAUCAAGAUGGAAUAG